UUCGGAUUGAAGUCUUGAUUCCGUACUGUUGCAACUCAACAUCAUGUCUGCGUUUAAAAAAAUAAAAACAUUAAAAAUAAGUAGAAAAUCCAACGACCAUCUGAAAUUUCUUCCAAAUUUAUGACUACUCAUAAGCAAAGCAAAAGAAAUGGUUGACUAGUAACUCUCCUCUUACCUUCCUAUGUUCAGACUUGCUAGCCUAAAUCCACAUCAGAAGAUCAUUAAAAUAAUAAUAAUUAAAACAAAAGAAACAGAAAUUCACUUAUUUCCAUAGUCAACUAAUCUCUUUUCUGUAUUCAUAUGUAUAAGAACACAAAGCCUCCUCCAUUCUUGGAUGCCAUAGAAAUAUAUAUACAAAGCUAUAAGAACCCUCUUUUCAUCCUCGAGUACUUAACAAAUCUAAUUGCGAGAACAAAGUUAUGGGAAAGCUCGCAAUUCAAUGGUUUUGUUUCACUUUAUUCAUAUUUCUUCUCCUCCUCCAUAGCAUCUUAACAUCAUCUCAAGAAGUUGAGGAUGAGCAUGAGUUCGAUUACAGAAACAGUGAAAAGGGGCCAAAUAGAUGGGGAGAGCUUCAUCACGAAUGGGGUGCAUGCAGCAAUGGGUCGAUGCAGUCGCCUAUCGAUCUUUUUAACGAGAGAGUUGAAAUUGUUUCUUAUUUAGGGAGACUUAUCAGAAGCUACAAGCCUUCAAAUGCCACCCUUAAGAAUAGAGGCCAUGAUAUGAUGUUGCAGUGGGAAACUGGAGCAGGAACUCUCCGAAUUAAUGGAACUGAAUAUAUUCUCAAACAAUGUCAUUGGCACUCCCCUUCUGAACACACCGUAAAUGGCAAGAGUUAUGCUCUAGAGUUGCACAUGGUACAUGAAAGCCUAGAUGGAAAGAUCGCUGUGGUUGGUAUUAUGUACACAAUAGGCAGGCCGGACUCUUUCUUGUCAUCUUUGACAGACAGGUUACAGUUGGUGGCUGGCACUAGAGAAUAUGAGACUGCAGCGGGUACAGUAAACCCGAAGGACAUAAAGAUAGGAAGUAGAAAGUAUUACAGAUACAUGGGGUCUCUUACAGUUCCUCCAUGCACUGAAAAUGUUCUUUGGACUAUUGUUAGAAAGGUGAGAACUGUCACUAGAGAACAAGUUAGGCUGCUUCGUGUAGCUGUUCAUGAUGAAUCAAAUUCAAAUGCAAGACCAAUACAAGGAAUAAAUGGACGAUCAGUGCAGCUGUAUAGACCAGAAGAAGAAGAUUAAAAUUCUUUAAUUUUACUUAUUAAUUUAUCACUAUUUCAUUUCCUGUGUUCCAUGGUGGAUAUAUAUAUAUAUAUAUAUAUAUAUAGAAUAGAGUAGAAAUAAAAGCAGUUCAGAUCAGCAGCAGAGAGAGUUGUUUACUCUGCAUCUUCCAUGUAUUUUUGUUCACACAUACAGUGUAUGGGGCAUAAGUUCCUCUUGGCAUUACUUCUUUUUACUUAAUUAUUCAUUCUUUUUGGCAAUUAUAUACUAGUGAUUUAUUUAUUUUAA